AGUUGUGGUCUGAGGGUUUUAGCGCAGCUAGUCGAGUCAGAGUUAGGGUUCUUGGAAAGUUGAGAUGGCUACUAUGGCUAUGUUGGUGAGACGAGCUGCAUCUAGUCGAAAUGCGAUUGCCUUUCUCAGAAGAUGCUCCUCAUCGUCCUUAGUUGUUGGCCGCGAUUACUCGCACAAGGCCACCACCCUCCUGAGAGCCCCAGAUUUGGAUUUGAAAUCGCCCAGUUUUCUCAGAGAUUCUCGUCGAGGCUUCGCCAAAGGCAAAAAAUCAAGGGAUGAUUCUGGAGGACUGGUGGACGUAUCUCCUCCGGUGGAUAUUGGGCCUAGCGUCAAAGCCACAGCGACUUCGCAGAUGGAGGCUGCCAUUGAUGCCUUGUCUAGAGAUCUCACUAAACUCAGAACUGGCAGAGCUUCUCCAGGAAUGCUUGAUCACAUUGUUGUUGAGACUGGUGGAAUCAAAAUGCCUCUCAAUCACUUAGCUUUGGUCUCUGUCCUCGAUCCUAAAACUCUCUCUAUCAAUCCUUACGAUCCUGAUACUGUUAAGGAGCUUGAGAAAGCAAUUGUCUCCUCUCCUUUGGGUUUAAACCCAAAGCUGGAUGGCCAAAGACUCAUCGCAUCUAUCCCUCCAUUGACCAAGGAGCAUGUUCAGGCAAUGUGCAAGAUUGUAACCAAGUCCAGUGAAGUUGUCAAGCAAAGCAUACGAAGAGCUCGUCAAAAGGCACUGGACACAGUAAAGAAAGGAGCCUCGGGCCUACCAAAAGACCAAGUUAAAAGGCUGGAGAAGGAAGUUGAAGAGUUGACGAAGAAGUUUGUAAAGUCGGCAGAGGACAUGUGCAAGUCCAAAGAGAAUGAGAUCACCACCCAAGCUUGAUCUCACUUUCUUAUCCUUACCAAACCUGAACAAGUUUCAGUCUUCUUUUUACUAGUACCUUUAAUUAUAGAUGAUGGUCCAAAGAAUUCAAAAUUUGUUUUUGAAUGUUCAAUUUGGGGGUCUUGUACGCAAAUUGACCUGCUGAUACACAACUGCUGAAAGGCCCUUCAAGGGCCCGGGAAAGUCUAUUUAUAUUGCUUUUUU